GGAAGUGUUCUAGCUGCAGUGGCUGAAGCUGCAUUUCUUAUUGGCCUUGAAAAGAACAGUGAUAUUGUAGACAUGGUUUCUUAUGCACCACUUUUCUCAAAUAUAAACGACAGGAAAUGGGUUCCCGAUGCAAUUGUGUUCGACUCUUAUCAGCUGUAUGGAACACCCAGCUAUUGGGUGCAAAAGCUUUUUGUUGAGUCUAGUGGAGCAACAUUUCUUCCCUCAACACUCAACACAAAUUCAUCUAAUCAACUAAUUGCAUCUACAAUUAGUUGGAAAAAUUCUACAGAUAACAAAAAUUACAUAAGAAUAAAGGUAGUUAACUUCGGAACAGCCAUAGAGAGACUCGACAUAGGCCUACAUGGAUUCCCACAGACACAACGAUUUGAUUGUAUAAUGACAGUGCUUACAUCAACCCAUGUAAUGGAUGAGAAUUCCUUCGCACAGCCUACGAAGGUGGUGCCACUAACAAGUUCGGAAGGGAAUGUUGGAAGCAAGAUAGAAGCAAUUCUCUCACCCUAUUCAGUUACAUCAUUCGAUUUAAUUUAUUAGAAGACAAUUCAACACAAGAACAGUAAUGUAAAACAUUAAGUCGGUUCCAAAGGA